AUGGUUCUUCACCGCCAACAAGCCCAGUUCGACAGGGCACGAUGGCGCAUGGCGCUACUGCUGCCUUUCUGGAUCCUUCAAAUGAUGGUUCUUCUUGCUGUCAUCGGCCUCUUCUCGUGGCGUCUAUCGGAUACUCUGAGGAAUUGGGAUAGUCAAGUGGAGGACAAGGGCAUGUUCCCUACGGUUGAAGUUGUGUGGGAGUCUGUCAACAUUGGAUUUUCCUUGAUCUGCCUCUUCUCCACCAUCUACGAAGUCUCCAAACUCGCUGCCGAGACGUUGACACCAUGGACCAUGAUCUUCACCCACGUACUCAAGUUUGUUUGCUCCAUGGCCACACUCGCUCUCGACAUUGUCGUCUUCACCCAAAGAAAAGACAGCCACUACUCCGUGGUUGGCCUCGGCUUGGACUGCUUCCUCAUUCUCCUCAUCUCCGUCCCUGGCAUCUAUGCGAUUCAAACGUACCGCCGUCUCGCCAAGUACGACGACUACCACUACCCGGUCAACCACAAGCCAUACGGCUUCAACGACCUCGAACAAAACACGACAUACAACUCCCGCCUGUCCAUCGGCGGGUUGUCUCUCGGCGACCGCUCCCUUCGUCGCAUCUCGACAUCCUCCGCAAAGAGCGGCACCAGCAGCCCCCACGGCUCGAUACCUCAACCCCAACCCGAGCCGAAGCCCCUCCAACGCACACCUUCUCAAUACAACAACGAAAGAGACACUCAGUUUGACCGCUACAUGGUUGAGCGUGCGAUGAACACCGAGUUCGGGUGGGCCAGCAGCCCGCCAGCCGACAACCCCCUCGCACGCAGUGAUAGCUUCAUCGGCAGCGGAUCCGUGGCAAACACAAAGGUUGUGACGAGAGAGAGCAUGGGUCGCGCGCCAAGCUGGGGAAGCUCGCACGUGCUGGUGGCCGUGCCGGAGAUGGACGAGGACGACGCGCCUGGGCGCGGCGACAGGCAAGCCCUGUUGGGACACAGGAGACAUGACAGUGGCGACAGCGUCGGGCCCAGCAGCCCGCCGUACCAGGCGUACCAGCCGCCUUCGUCACGGGUGCAGGUGCCGAUCAUCGAGGUGGAGGAGUCGGACAUUACGGCAGGCACGGUGGAGUUUGAGCGCAAGAGGAAGAGGAGCCAGUGA